GAUGGAUGCGCCCCUGCCUCCGCCUGCUUACGCCGAUGGCGAGCAGACGGACUUCGUCCUCAUCGAGAAAUUCGGCUACCUGGUCGACCGCCAAGACGCCACCACCGCCACCUGCGUCCUGCAGGGCCCCGACAUCAAGGGCAGCAUCAAGGUCACAUUUUGCGCCGCCUGCCCUCCGCGCGUCUCCUACUUUUGCGUCCACGCCACCGAGUACGAGCACGCCGACUUCGACCUCCACCCGACCAUCCUGGCUACGGAGGGCCCUCUCGUCCUCCUCAGCGUCAUGCUCCCCAGUCGAUCCGACAUCUUCCAUCCCGAGAGGAAAGAGUAUUUCGUCUACCAGGCUGCCACCAAGGACCCCGAGGGAAAGGGGAAGAAGGUAAGCCACCCGUCACUCAAGCACCUCCCUAAUCCUGGCCGCCAUCACGAAUUUGAGGAAGCCUCGGCUGCCCUCUUGCGAACCUGCAGCAAGCAUCGCCAAGCCGCCACCAACCAUGACCACUUGCCCCAUCUCCCCCAUGGAGUCACUCUGCGCCCUCGGAGCUCCAGCCGCUUGACCCCGCGCCCUCAUAGCUCCAGUGGAUACAUUCUGCAACACCAUGGAGCCAACAAGGAGGAGCACAACUGCGAGGCAUGCCAAUUCGUCAUCGCCGCAAAACGUUCUGCGCGUGUCAGAAGGACACAACAUGAGCUCUGCCUCUAUCACUCAGAGAAGGAGGCCUGGAGCAUCAAGACGGCCAUAGUAUUGGGGAAUGGUCCAUACAAUCACCAUUGGACAGACAAAGCAAUCACCAUUGGAGGAGAUAAUGGUGUGGUCGCAUGGGUCAAUCUUGCUCGGGAUAUUCUCUUCUGUGACGUGCUUGCUGAAACCCCCAUACUUUGCCCCAUCGAACUGCCCCUGCUGAUCCCGGAGAGCGAGGGAGUUGGGACCGGUGAUCCAAGAUGCAGUCGGGAUGUUGCCAUUGUCGAUGGUUUCAUCCACUACACCCAGCUGCAGAUUCGAAUUGUUCCGGGCUCGUUCACAGAAGAUGGAACCGUCACAUUCGAUGGCUGGAAAGCUACCAAAUGUAGCAUGGCAAUUGACACCCGUUCGUUGCCUGUGGCUGAGAAACCUUGGCAGCACACGGGCCUCGAGCUCGAUUCCUCGCAGAUUUCAAAGUCACUGCCAAAUCUGCUGGUCGAUGAGGGUACCAUAGCAUUCGAGAGACUACACAUUGGCCUACCCACCCUGAGCCUGAGCCCGCAAGAAGACGACAUUGUUUAUUUCCUCGCCAAGAUCGACUACCGGGACAUGGAACGCACAGCAUAUGUACUUGCUGUUGACUUGAGAAAGAAGAUGAUAAAGAGCAUUGCUGAGUUUGGAGCCAAAAACACAAUUGGUUUAGGCCAGGCGUAUGUUGCAAGUAGCCUCUCCAAAUAUCUCAAAAUUGCUCCAGGUACAAAGCAAAAGCAUUAA